AUGGUGCCUGCAUGCAUGCCUGUCUCUUUGAAAUGCCCACCUGUCGCCAGCCGUCCCACAAUCGGCACUCACGAUGGACGCUUCCACUUGGAUGAAAUUUUGGCAUGUGCUAUGCUCUUAUCCCUGCCGGAGUUUUCGAAUGCCAAGAUUCUUAGGACGAGGGAUCCGGCGCUGCACGAGAAGUGUGAGAUUCUCGUUGAUGUCGGAGGCGUUCAUGAUGCCGAGACGAAGCGUUUUGAUCAUCACCAGCGGGGCUUUACGACGACGUUUGAUUUCGCCAAAUAUGAGGCUGCGCCUCCGGAGAGUCUUCUCGAACCUUGCCAACUGGAAAAUCCUCCGCGCCUGAGAGAGGCGGUUACGAAGCUCAGUAGCGCUGGCCUCGUUUACGUGCACUUUGGAAUUCGUCUUCUGCGGGAACGCUUUGGCAUAGAAGAUGAGGGAUCGCUGCGCGCCAUGAUGCUUGAGGUGUACACGCAGUUCGUCGAGGCAGUAGACGCACACGACAACGGCGUAGGGAUCUCCCGCGGAGGUCCCCCGAUGUAUGUUGACAAGACGUCUCUGCCGCAUCGCAUUGCGGCUCUCUUUCCAUUCGGGGGUGAGGAUGCGGCAAAGCAGCGGCAGCAGCAGACGGUGGCGGCGUGGGAAAUGCAGCAAGCCCUUGCGGCAGAAGCCUGCGCUGAGACUCAUGCGCCUCAAUAUGCCGCUGCAAAAGAGGCCUUGGGGAGAGGCUGCGUCUCUCCAUUCAAUUGGCUGCACGUGCCGAUUUACGGCGGGGAGCCUCUCGAUGUCUGGGCCUUUAGGAAAGGCCUCAAAUUAGCAGACGAGGCUUUCGCUGCUGCCGUGAGCUUUCUCAGAGACUCUUGGCUUCCCGGGCGUCCAGUUCUCAAGCAAGCGCUAACGGAGGGAGCCGCUGGAAUCCUCAAGACGCAUGUCGUUGAGCUCCCCAAGUGGUCUCCGACGGAGGGUCAUAUCUACGCUUUGGAGCGCGAGUUGGGGCUUUCAACCCCCUUGAAAUUCCAGGUAUAUCCGUCAGAACGCAGCGGACCCGACGCCAGUACGUACACCGCAUGGACUGUGCGCUGCAUCCCUGUGGAAGGCGAACCGUUUGUUAGCCGUCUCCCUCUUCGACAGAGCUGGCGAGGCCUUCGAGAUCAGGCGCUGGGGAAAGCUGUUCUUGCGGGAACUCCAGAAACGAGACGCGCCGAGCUCCAACUGACUCCGAAAGAUUUUGUUUUCUGCCAUGCCACGGGCUUUUUGGGAAUCGCGCUGUCACGGAACGCUGCGUACGAGAUGAUGAGGCAGACGCUUGAAGAAGCCGGUGCCGAGAACUUGCAGGGAACAACGGAGGAAUCUCAAUAG